GGACAAAUUGUUUAUUAGUGUUCAACCUAACUACUUUCUGAUUUUGUUUGGGCUUCGGUACGAACUCUUCUAAAAAACAAAAAAUAGCCGCGUCUGAACAGUCAACGUCAACACGCCCUCAUACGAAAUCGAGUUGGUGACACUGUGUGGUAUGAAAGCUAUGCAUGAGGUGGACCGGAGGUCCGUAAGAAUCUUUACUGAGCUGACCCACUCCAGGUAACAAGCAGAGAGAGAUUUUUCUAUCGCCACCAUGUCAGGUGAGGCACCAGCAGACCCUGCACAGCUUGUGAAUCCCCCUCCUCCUGAGGUGACCAAUCCCAACAAGCCGGGACGGAGGACCAACCAGCUGCAGUUCAUGCACAAAGUUGUGAUCAAUGCGUUGUGGAGGCACCAGUUUGCUUGGCCUUUUUACCAGCCUGUUGACGCUGUCAGUCUUGGACUAUCAGAUUAUCACAAGAUAAUCACGUCCCCCAUGGACUUGGGCACCAUCAAGAAACGACUGGAGAACAACUACUACUGGAGCGCCAGUGAAUGCAUGCAGGACUUCAACACCAUGUUCACCAACUGCUACAUUUACAACAAGCCUACAGAUGACAUCGUGCUGAUGGCCCUGGCCUUGGAGAAGAUUUAUCUGCAAAAAGUUGCUCAGAUGCCUCAGAAGGAAGAGGAGAGUCUUUCUCAAACUGGCAGAAAGAAACGCAGAAGAAGCAGCAAUGCAGACAAGAAAAAAAGGCUGAAAAGUGUGGAUCAACCCAUCAGUCCUAGAAAGGAGGGCAGCAAAGAGAAGGAGCCACAAACUGAAGCGGGCCAACGGAGCGACCAGCUGACUUACUGCAACGAAAUCCUGAAGGAGCUGCUUUCUAAGAAGCACUCGGCCUACGCCUGGCCCUUCUACCUGCCUGUCAACGCUGAAGCUCUGGGGCUGCAUGACUACCAUGACAUCAUCAAAUACCCAAUGGAUCUCAGCACUGUUAAAAAUAAAGUGGAUGAAGGAGAGUACCAGGAUGCGCAGCAGUUCGCCGCAGACGUCCGCUUAAUUUUUUCCAACUGCUACAAAUACAACCCCCCACAUCACAGUGUUGUCGCCAUGGCCAGGAAACUUCAGGGAGUGUUUGAGCAGAGGUUUGCAAAGAUGCCAGAUGAGCACGUGGAGAUAAGCUUACCAGUUAGUGUCAUGUCUGCUAGAAGUGCAGCUUUCUGUGGGCUGAAUGAAAACGGUUCCUCCAGUGUGGACAAAUCAGAAUCAGCUGAUGUAGAGGAUCAGGAUGAAAGGAAAGGCCAAGGAAGGUAUUGGGACUUCCAACUCCAACAAAAGACCGUUGUGGAAAGGGACUAAAGACUGGGAUUCAGACGAGGAGUCUCUGGCCAUGUCUUAUGAAGAAAAGCACCAGCUGAGCCUCGACAUCAACCGCUUACCCAGCCUGAAGCUGGGACGCGUGGUUGAGAUCAUCAGGACUCGAGAACCCGCCACGUGCGGCACCAACCUGGACGAGAUCGUGAUCGACUUCGAGGUUCUGAAGCCAUCCACUCUGUGGGAGCUUCAGGGCUACGUCAGGUCGUGCCUUUUCAAGAGAUUCAAGAAAUAUCAAAAGAAAAACAGCCAAAUCGCCUUUCAAUAUUCCAGCAGCAGUUCUUCUGAUUCCUCCUCCAGUUCCUCCUCUGAGUCCAACACAAAAGAAGAAAAGGACUACUGAUAACCUUGUUGUAUUUAUUCUUGUUCUGUUACCCAAAAUAGUUUUAUUUUUUUCCUAUUUUUCUACUUGUAAAUGUUCACUGUAUUAARAAAUAAACUUUAUUGAUUUAUAAUUAACGGA